UAAUUAAAAUCAAUAUAAAUUAGAAUGUUUUGCUUAAAAAAACUGUGUGCAGUUUGUAAUACGAACUCAACAUGAAGAUCGCUGGGGUAUUUCUGUUCCUUGCCUUAACCGGCGUUAGUGCCCAAAUCGGUCUUCUAAAAACGGCUCUCCGAGUAAAAUGGGGCAUCCCGCUGGUAGACAAAGAGUUCUUCAUCGACAUCCCCCGCGAAGAGGCCGACAUCAAGAAGGAGGGGUGGGCCCAGGUCGACAGGCCCGACACGCACUUGCCCAGCCUCAAGCUGUACUGUCCCGACGGGGACUACACUGUGUGCACGAUGUACGAUGACACUGGCUUUAUCGCCGGCAUACAGGUCGCUAUGCAAGUGAACAAGCUGAAGAAAAACCCGACCCCCAUGGACCGCCUCGGCUUCCUCAAGUGGACGGCUCCGGACGGCUUCGAGUACUGGACCAACCAGCAAUACUUCAUCUCUGAAGAAUCUCUGAACAAGAGCGCACUGGAGCGCGUUGCCGCCCGCUCUGAAGACACGCUACAAGAGGGCGCCGUGUGGGUGCGCGACCUGGACGGCUCACUGCUGCGCGUGGCCAACACGCAGAGCGGCAUCCAGCAGCAGGGCGUGUUCGAGAAGCAGGCCUGCAUCGUGUCUAUGGGCGACCACUACUACAAGAACCUGAAACAAGACGACACGUGCGACGCCAUCUACCCAUGGUUCAUGACCGUGAACGACGGCAACCUGGUGGCCUCGGGGAUGCUCAUCAUCGGGGAGCUGCCGGAGGUGCCUGAGGGGAUGCGCGUGUGGUUCGAACAUCCUUCUGUGUCGGUUGUGAAGACAAUCGUGGACAAGGGCCCGCAGUGCCUGUUCGACCUGGUGGAGGAGGUCGGCGGCUACACCAUGCACAUCUACUACGGGAAGCACCCCUACCUCAUCUUCUGCUGA